AUGUUUGUAAAUGUAUUUCUCGGUAUUGGUAUAGCUUGGACAUUAGCAGCCGUUUAUCAUUGGUUCAAAGGAAGUGUUUUUCGAGUUGAUCCUGGAGCAUUAGCAUUUUCUGUUACUAUUUUUUGUAUAGAAGCAUUUGUUUGUGUUAUUGUUAUUGUGGCUAGAAGACAUCCAGCAAUUGGAGGCGAAUUAGGAGGCCCUCGCAAAUUCCAAAUUCUCACAUCUGGAUUUUUUGCAUGUCUAUGGCUUUUCUAUAUUGGAAUUUCUGCUUUAGAAUCCUACUGUGUAAUUGCUGGAUUUUAA